AUGCGCUACUCUAUUCUCAUUUUGGCCCCGACCAUAGUGCUGGGCCAAAUCUUCUCCUCUGCCGGCGAACCAGCGACCGGCCCGCUGUGCUGCAACAGGGGUGUUGUAGACACCAGUGGGACAUGCAAGAGUUUGAACUUGAACGCUUAUGCAUGUGAAUCUAUCAGGAGCAACAGUGCCAAAGCUGUGGCGGGCGACCCUGACUCGAAAAGUGGAUGCGACAAUGGCGUAUUCGAAUUAUUUCCGGUUGGACGAGAUGUUAAAGCAUUCGUUCCGAACUCGGGCGACACGAUUAAACUUGGACCAAGCUCUCUUGGCGACGCCUUUACUGCAUUCAUUGGAUGCGCAGACUAG